AUGUCUUCUAGACAGACAAGACGACAGACUCGGGCCUCCGUGCCGGCUGUCGAGGCUCCGGGUCUCAGUUUUAAGCAACGCAAGGGGCGACUAGCCUGGACAUUCAACGCUGUGUCAAAUGAAGGACUGAUUGCGGGUAUUUACGGUCUCCGGAUUUCCCACGAAGCCCAAUUGGAUAAAUGGAGGACAUGGACGCAGGACAAACAAAGUCAAGUCCUCGAAUUAUUUCGGACAGGCCGGAGAACAAGUGCCAUCGCCAAUGAAAUAGAUAGUUAUGACGCUGGGGACCUCUUCUAUAUCCAGCAAAAGAGCGAGUCGUCAAUUCCCCGAAGAAUCCGUUAUGGCAACGCCUAGGAAACAGUACGCCAUCCGGAUUUCUUUAAAACGCUCUGCAAUAUCGCGCAACAGUUUGGCGUAACGCAGCAGGAAUUUAAGUAUUAUCUCACAAUUCCUGCACCUGAAGGGAAUCGCCGAGUCUUCUACCCCUUUCAUGCUUUCUCUAGGCCUCAAGCACUAGCGUUAUCCUGGGACUGGGAUCAAAUGUUAGCAGUAAGCCAAAGGAUGAUUGGGAAUAUGAACGUUUGUAGGCUAGUUGAUCGCCGUGCACGAGGAGUGAGAGCAGAGGUUGAGAUAUAAUGUAUUUGACUAGGGUAAUAAGAGCAUUUUAAUGUUUUUUAAAUUGACCUGCUUUAUUUUAUGAAGCUAAUCUAAUUUUAGUACUAAACCUGGG